CGCCAUCGAAUACGGAACGGAUUUUCUUCCCUCUUGUUUAAAGCAAAUCCAAUCACUAUGUCGUUAGACGGUAGGCUCACGGGAGCCCUGGUCGUAUUUUGCAUAUCGGCGCUAUUCUAUCAUGCACAGAGCCAGUCUUGCCCGGAGAAGAAUGGUCGUUUUGCCGUGUCAGGCGAGUGCGACGCGUACAUUGAGUGUGUGGAUGGUGAACCGAAACGACAACUCUGCCCGGAUGGACUGCUGUUUAACGAGAAGGCUUCCCUGUUUACCUAUCCCUGCCAGUAUCCGAUCGACGUAGAGUGUGGCAGCCGAUCGCGCACCCAACCCCCGAUUCCGACGGAGGACUGUCCGCACCAGUUCGGUUACUACAAGGUCGGCGAUCAGGCAAACUGUGGCCAGUUUAGGAACUGUGCUGGCGGUACCGGUUACGUGCUCAACUGUCCCGUCGGGUUGGCGUUCGACUCGGCCACAUAUCAGUGCGAUUGGCCCGAUCUGGUGGAGGAUUGCGAUGCGGAAGCGUAUCUUGGCUUCAGGUGUCCCCCGCAGGCUCCCGACUUGGUGCAACCGGUUCGGUUCUUCCGCGCCCCUAACGACUGCAACAAGUACUUCCUGUGUGUGGGCGACAGACCACGGGUGAACUUCUGUGGACCGGACCAGGCGUUCAACGAACUGAUCAACGCGUGCGAUGGCGUAGAGAACGUGACGGGUUGCGCCUAAGGUGCUCGGCACAACACUGAAUACUCUGAAACUCCCAAAACUGAACGCUUUGCUGUGCUUAGGCAUGCGUGUAUGUGUGUAUAUGUAUGUGAAUA